AUGUCUCCAUCAUCAAACUACAUUUCUUUUCUUCUCUUCACAACCCUCUUAUUUCCUCUACACACCAUAGCCAGAGAAAGUGAAUUCUUCAGCAAAGUCACUCACUUCAACAAAGAAGAAUCACCAACCGUCACAAACAAACCAGAAGAGCAACAACCAUCUUUCCUCCCUCAAACUGAAAACAGCUAUGGCUUAUAUGGCCAUGAAUCCGAUCACCUUCCGACGAACACCGCCGCAACGAACUCCGAGUUCGAAAACAACAACUACAACAACAAGUACUACAACAAUGAUGCCUAUAACACAAAGUAUUACAACAAGGAUCCUUUUGGAAAUAGCCAAAAUGAACAAAGUUACAAUUACAACUCCAUGAUGGAAAAACAAAACAACAAUGAAAGACCACUCUACAACAACAACAACAACAACUAUUACAAUGGUGAGAAACAAGGGAUGAGUGACACAAGAUUCUUGGAAGGUGGAAAAUAUUUCCAUGAUAUUAACAACGAGAAAUACAAUCCAACAAUGUAUGGCGAUUCAUAUUCUACAGGAGUUAACACAAAUAAUUGGUACAACAACAGAGGUAACAGCUAUAACUCUAACAACAAUGGAUACUACCAGAAUAACCAUGGAAGCUACAAUGGUUAUAAGAACCAAGUGGUGGAUCAGUUUGAAGAUGAACAAAAUGAGUUUGAGCCAUGA